AAUGAUAAUAUUUACAUAAACCAAAGUUUGCCAAGCAAUCCUAGAGAUAUUCCUGCAAAGAUGGACGGUGUUUAUCGUGCUCGCAGGCUAAAAUGUUUUUGCCAUAAAUUAUUGGAGGCUGCUACUCGCAAAUUUAGCAAAAAGAAUAUCAUUGGUGAAGGCGGUUUUGGUGAAGUUUAUAUAGGAUACAUCAAUUCUUGGACAAUGACUCCUGCAAAAAGAAAAGAUGGAGUUGCAAUUGCUGUCAAGAAACUGAGAAGGAAAGGAUCUCAAGGCCAAAAUGAAUGGGAGGUGAGACUUUUUAUAUGAUUCUCAAUCUCUUUAUAUAUGAUUCUCAAUGCUAAUAUAUGUGUUUGUUGCGAAUUGUCGAUUCCUGCAGAAUGAAUUGGAUUUUUUGAGUAGAUUAAAUCAUCCUAAUGUAGUCGAGCUCAUUGGAUAUUGCUCUGAAGGUGAAGAUAGAAUGUUGGUUUAUGAGUACAUGACUGAAGGAAAUUUGGAGGAUCAUCUCUUGAGCGAAAAUGAUAGUGUGCUAAACUGGAAUCAAAGAAUCAAAAUAGCAUUGGGCGCAGCCAGGGGAUUAGAAUACCUUCAUACUCAUUGGACACCAAUCAUUCAUCGUGAUGUCAAAGCUUCAAAUGUCCUGCUUGAUGAUGAUUUCAAAGCCAAACUAUCAGAUUUUGGACUAGCUAGGUUUGGACCCCUAGGUGAGAGGUCCCAUAUCUCCACACGGGUACUUGGCACCAAAGGAUACUUCGCUCCUGAAUACAUUGCAACAGGACGAUUGACUGUAAAAACUGAUGUUUAUAGCUUCGGUGUGGUACUGCUAGAGAUCCUCUUGGGCAAAGAUGCAGUGAAGAAAUAUCCCAAUGGUUUGGCAGGGAUGUGGGCAAAGCCAUAUCUUAGCAACAAGCAGGAACUGUGUCGAGUUGUUGAUGAGAGACUAGGGAAGAACAUCCGGAUGGAAGAAGCUCAAGAGUUCGCCCAAAUUAUCCUCAGAUGCCUUAGUUUAGAACCAAAGACACGGCCAACAAUGACACAGGUUGUAGCUUAUCUAGAGCAACUAGAGCUACAUAUGGGCGGCAAUCAGGACUUCCUCAGGCUAUCUCAUGCAAAAAAAAAGCCUCCUCUUUGA